AUGAAUAAAAAUUCAAUUAUUCGUAUUGCAAGACCAACAGAUAAUUUAGAUUUAAUCAAAAAUCAAUAUUUAAAUGGAUUAGGAUUUAAACUAUUAUUUCAAUUUGAAGAUCAUGAAGGAUUUGAUGGUAUAAUUAUUGGACAUGAAAAUCAAUUAUACCAUUUAGAAUUUACUCAUCAUCGUGGUGUUAUUGUUGGAAAAUCACCAACUAAAGAUCAUUUAUUAGCAUUUUACAUUCCAAAUGAAGAUGAAUAUAAUAAUCAAUGUAAAAAAAUGUUAGAUGCAGGUUUUAUUAAAACUAUAUCUUACAAUCCAUAUUGGGAUUAUAAUGGAUCAACCUAUGAGGAUAUUGAUGGAUAUCGUAUUGUUUUGGCUAAAAUUUCAUAUGGUGAAGACCAUUAA